AUUUUUGGGAGUUCGCAACAACAGGCACCAAACCAAAAUAAACCAAGUCAAUGUCUUGAUGUUGUGAUUGUUUUUAACGGUUUUGUGAUUGAUUAGUAACAUUUCAAAAUUUGAUUUGUAAUGACUAUCUGUAAUUAUAAUGCAAAAGUAUGAAAAGCUGGAAAAAAUCGGGGAAGGUACAUAUGGAACUGUGUUUAAAGCUAAGAACCGAGAAUCACAGGAAAUAGUUGCACUUAAGCGAGUGAGAUUAGAUGAUGAUGACGAGGGUGUUCCCAGUUCAGCACUGAGAGAAAUCUGUCUUCUUAAAGAACUGAAGCAUAAAAAUAUUGUGAGGUUGCAUGAUGUUCUGCACAGUGAGAAGAAGUUGACCUUGGUGUUUGAGCACUGUGAUCAAGAUCUGAAGAAGUAUUUUGAUAGUUUGAAUGGGGAAAUUGAUGCUGAUGUGGUCAAGUCGUUCAUGUAUCAGCUCCUGCGAGGACUGGCUUUCUGCCACAGCCACAAUGUCCUGCAUCGAGAUCUCAAGCCACAAAAUUUGCUCAUCAACAAGAAUGGAGAGCUGAAGCUUGCUGACUUUGGAUUGGCCCGGGCAUUUGGCAUUCCAGUAAGAUGCUACUCUGCAGAGGUGGUGACCCUGUGGUACCGUCCACCAGAUGUUCUGUUUGGGGCAAAGUUGUACACCACUUCCAUUGAUAUGUGGUCUGCAGGGUGCAUAUUUGCUGAACUUGCCAAUGCUGGCCGUCCGCUAUUUCCUGGCAGUGAUGUGGAUGAUCAGCUGAAACGCAUCUUCAAGCUGCUGGGGACACCCACUGAAGAGACUUGGCCAGGAAUGAGCCAGUUGCCAGACUAUAAGCCUUUUCCUUUGUAUCACCCAACAGCAAGUUUUGCUCAAGUUGUCCCCAAACUGAAUUCCAAGGGUAAAGAUCUGCUGCAGAAGUUGCUGGUGUGCAACCCAGCCAUGAGGACUUCUGCAGACGAGGCAAUGCAACACUCCUACUUCGGAGACCUGCCAGUCGCCAUCAAGAACGGUUGAUAUCAUCACAUUUCCCGAGAGGCUGUGGAUUCUCUUUCCCUAGCAUCAGUGAUUUCUCAAUUGACUGGAAUCGAGAACUCCUGGCCUGUUUCUGCUUUUUUCAACCAUACAUCAAAAUGACAUUUGAUUUAAGAGCCAUAAUAAUGACUCUUAUAAUAACAUAUGUCUGCCAAUUUUUCUGAAAUUGUGUAGUUCCUUCGGAUGUUUCUGAAAAUUUAUUAAAACCUCUUACACACGUCUAACAAUUUCAAAAAAAGAAAAAAAAAAAGGACUAAUGAUAGAAAUUUAUCUAAGUUCAACCAUCACUAGCUGGAAAAAUAUUAACUUAAAAAAAGACUCUGUAAGUAUAUCCUUCUAUCUAUUUACGUAUUGGUAUGAUGCAUUGAGGAAACUGGUGUAGAAAAUUUGUAAAUUGCUUUGCUCUUAAUGCUGAAUUUCGGCACAUUUCUAAUUGUAUCAAAAGCAGUACAAGGCAUACCGAACAAAAAUACAAGACAGUUUUUCCUGUCUGGAAGGAAAAAAAAAAGCUUUUGAAGAAAUAAUUUUACUGUUUGAAGUGAAAGUUAUUGAUAAUCAGUACAUUUUUGUUGUCCCCCCCCCACUAUAAUGUUCAUCAACGUUACAAGAGAAAGAAAAGGAACCCACCACUUCACGUCGUUUUAGGUUGAAGAUUUUUUUAUUAUAACACAAAUAAUGGUAUGCAGUAAAGCAUUCUUUGCGUAUCAUAUAUACUGUUGGUCAGCUUUUUUUUUUUGCUCAAAAUGUUUCUUGCAUUAUAAUUAUCUACUGCAAAAAUUUUACUGUUGCUUUUUUAAAUUUAUUUUUCAGUUUUUUGACUCUCUUACUCCACUAAGAUGUUUCUUCAUUACGCUAUUAAUUUCUCAUUUAUGUGGUGGCUUUUAUGCAGUAUUUUCUACACUUUCACUUUUCAGGAUUGCCAACUGUAACAUGAUAUCAGUAUUGACAGACAUAUCUUAUUGACAGCAUCUUGAUGGAAGCAGAAACAGUCCCUCUGGUUCAGAAAGAUUCUCUUCCAUGAGAUGUCAUCUGAUUGUAUGUUGAGGAUUUAUUGUUUAAAUAGAGGAACAAUUACAAUGAUUUUACAACUCACCCAGUCAUAGUUGAACAGCCAUCUAACAUUGUUUUCUGUAUGUUUUUCUGCUUGACUCUUCCCUAAAAGAUUUCUGCCAUUUUAUCUCAAAACCAAUUCUUUUCGUAUGACACUUGUUUGUGGUAGAUGUUGCAAUCUCAUUUUCUAUUCAUUCCAGUACACAGCAAUCAUAACCUCUUUUUUUUAAAUGAAUCAUCUGUUUAAUCUUCAAUUACACCUUUAUGUGAAAAAAUAAAUAAAUCCUGAAUUAAAUAUUUAGUGUACUGUGCAGUUUAUAACAAAAAGUGAGAUUUAACUUCCAAAAUUGUUUGUCAAUGGAAUCAAAAAAAAAAAAAAAAAACCUUUUCUAUUUCAUUUUAUUACGAUUUCCCAAAAAUAAAAUGAGAGAAAAUUGUAUAAAGCUUUGUGAAUACCUAGCACAAAGUUAAGCUUAAAUGAAGCCAGAUAAAAUGUUUAUUUCUGUAUGAUUAGGUACCAGCAGCAAGCAUUGUUGAAAUUGCCCAAAAAGCAAUUAGAAUUACAGAUUGGGGUUAGAAGAAACCCCCUUUUCAUUGCCAAAAAAAAAAAAAAAAAAAGCUUAUUAAUAGAAAAUACCCAUUAUCACAUGCUCAAAGAACCAAAUGCUGUGAUGACUUGGAUCUAUUCUUCAAAGAAGGGGAUGGAUUUCUGAUUCUCUUAUUUUUUCAUUUUAAAAAUUAAUUAGUUUCAACAGUUUUAAUAUCUUUUGGCAUUUCAUCAGGUUUCUUUUUUCUUAUUACCUUAUCAAAGAUUUCAACUAUGUACAUCAGCACUGAAUAUUGACGCUCUAGAUUUAAUUGUGUUCAAUUUUUCCUUUAAUGUAUGGAUAGUUUCCAUAGAACUAACCUGAAAGUCUGAAAUUGAAUUCAAGAAUGUCAUUAAACAUUCUUCAAUACCUAAUUCAUGAAGCCUAGCUCUUUUCUUCAAAUUAUCUAUUUUGCAAUAACUUGUAACACAUUUAAAUGCAUCAGAUUUUCAAUUACAUAUAACCGAAGACUUUUUUAAAAGUUUAAACUUCUAGAUUCAGUGUAGCAUGAAGGAAAUUGGUGAAAGUGGCAAAAGAAAGAUUAAGUCAAACAAGUGCAAAGUUAAAAUUGUAUGAAUGUUUUCAUUUAGUACUCUUUCAAAGUUAUGCCUAUCAGAGCUAUUACAAACAUUUCUUGUCACACAAUGGUGGUUUCUCCUACGAUUUGCACUAUCUCCAAGUUUUCACCCUUGUGUCUUACACUGCUUUGUGUUAGGGGACUCCUUUGAGAAGACUAGAAACAAUGAAGGAAGAACUUGCAUUCGCCUUAUUUUCCAUUUUCUAAUCUUAUUUUCUUUUUUAUUUUGGAGACCCAAUCGUCAUUCUAACUUGAUGCAGAGCCCAAAGGAGUUAGAUGAUCAUCUUGCUGUGAAAAAGGUGUAAUUUGCCACAAGAGCUUAUGUGACAGAGAUUUUUUUUGUCUGUUUUUUAAAAACUUUUUAGUAUCAUUAGGAGGCUUUUUAGUAUCAUUUGGCCUUAUGUUUGCUGGCUCUCACCGACCCCUGAUGAUUGCUUUGCAAUCUUUUUUGAUUAGCAAAGAUUUAAAUCAUCUAUUAGAAAGAUUAAAAAACACGUUUCGAGUUCCGUUUGGAACAAAGUGAAAAUCCCCCUCUACCUUCUGUAAAAAAUUGAAUUUAGGUAAAGAGCUUAUAAUUAGAACACAACCCGGCUCCCUAUCGAAGGCAAAAAGAACUUGAUAGAAUUAUACACAAAUGAGAUAUUAAGAAAAAAGCAUUUUAAUAGCAUCCCUUUUCCAGGUUCCAAACUAACUUGCACCAACUUUUACUGAAAAAGGCGCUAAAAGGUGUCAGACAUUGCAAAACUGCAGUUUUGUACAUUUGAAUUCAGUCGAUUGCAAAGUCGUGGUCUCUAGUAAUAUAUUUUGCAAUUUUGCUAUUUAGCUCCAAGCUUGAAUUGAGUUGAGCCUCUAAAUUUUUGCUAAAAUAGAGACCCUUAUAUCUACUGUUCUAAUUAAUUGAAAAAAAUUGCAACUAGCUUUAUUUGAUGCAGAAAAAGAAAAUCUUUUGAACUACAUAUAAUGUUAAGAGGCGUAGGAAAUCUUUCAUCCAUUUAAAUGGGAAUUUUUGUGAAAUUUUAGCUUAAAAAAAUAACUGCAAGAAAAAAACAGUUCGAAAUCUUUACUAAUAAUAAAGCUGAAAGUCUGUAUGUGGAUCUCUGGAUGUCUGUUACGCGCAUAGUGCCUAGACCAUUUGGCCAAUUUUCAUGAAAUUUGGCACAAAAUUAGUUUGUAGCAUAAAGGUGAGCACCUCAAAGCGAUUUUUUGAAAAUUAGAUUUUGUUCUUAUUCUAUUCCAAUUUUAAGAACAUUUUACCAAGCAAAUUAUCAUAACGUGGAGGAACAAAUUACCAUAACAUGUACUAGUAAAUUAUGAUAAUGUGGACUAGCAAACAUGCGACCAUGGACGAGCAAAUCAACAUAGCAAAUUGGCGAGAAAUUCAUCAUCCAUUAUUUGUAAAUAUACACUAUACAGGCAAACCCAAUGACCUUUUAAUUUUCUACUACAGGCAAAGCCGUGCGGGUACCAAUAGUUAAAAAUAAAAAACCAGAGAUGCAAACCACCGAGGCUCGAACUAAUUUUCUGCAAAAUUUCAAGUCUGUAGAUGCUAUUGGGUCUUUUGGACACAGGCCCGUCUCAUACAGAAUUUCUCAAUUUCUUUGAUAUUAUUUUUUUUAAAUAUAUAGUAUACCUUUAUUGAAUUUUUUAAGUUAUUAUAUUUGAUGAAAGUAAGAAAAUGUAUUCUAUUAUUUUUCUAAUAUCUGUCAUGAUAUGACAUAUAGUUACUUCAUUUAGUUCAUUUAUUUAAACAAAAAAAUCAUUUUAUUAUCUCUUAAUUGGUAUAAAGUAAUUGAAACAUGGUAAACAGAGGAAAAAAGAGAUACUGUCGCCCUCCUUAAUCGAAUAUGGUCGGUUCCAAAAAAUAUUCAAUUUAAGGGGGAAACUUAUUUACCUUUCUAAAUUGACAACAUUUGUCUUAAAACGUAAUAAUAAUAAAUCAAUAGCUAUAUAAAAUAAAUAAUUAAUGUUAUUGCUAAAAAGUUUUUGGAAUAAGCUAAAUACACAACAAAAGUUUAGUAAUUAGUACAUAUAUUACAAGUAUGUAUUAAAAUUAUAAAAAGUAACUUUCAACUUGAGUUAUGAAAUCUUUGUCUUUGUACCUUUUUUUUUCAGUACAUUAUUUUUUGAAAAUUUCCACAAUAGGGGAUUUCAUGCUCAAAGUCUUUUGGGAACACUUUUAUGACUCCCCUUUUCCCCUCCUUGUCUAACGUAUCUUACAUUUUGCAUUUAUCAAUUUAUCAUCAUCUAAAAUAUGUAUAUUUAUUUAUGUUAUUCAAUUUAAUUAUCGACUGCAUUUUUUUUUUGUAAUGACGAAGACAAAAGAUUUGAUAGCAUAGUGGAAACGUUUUGAUGAUUUAUGAAUGUUGUUUUUCUUGCUCCUUGUCUGCUAUAAAUAUUACUUUAUAUUUUAACAUCAGUUGUUUUUAUUUUUUUUCUAACUUAUUAAUAAAUUUUCUCAGCAGAAAUAUUUGCGAAAGCUGAUUCGUUUUAUGCGAUUAUCCGGGGAAAUUAUUCGAUUAAGCGGGGAUCUUUAACAUUGCAUCUGUUGGGAAAUAUUUGGUUCCGGGAGGUUUUAUUCGUAUAAGCGGGGUAUUCGUUUAUCCGUUACCCGAUUAAGGGGGGCUGACAGUAAGUGUGAUUAUCUGAUGCAUAUUCCACAGCUAAGGGUUCAACUUAAAAAAUCUGUAAUUGGCAGAGUCAAGUUGUUGUGAAAUGAUCUUUUUCUUUUCUUUUCAUUUCCGAUGCUUGAAAUACAUUUGUUUCUUUUGCCAAAGAUGUAUUUAUGUUACGAAUUCGUUUUCGGAUCUGUGUAAUAUAUUAUUGUUAUCAGAUAUGUAUAUUAUGUUUCAGGAUUUUUAUGUAUUGUUUUUAUUAAUAAACCAACUUCAUUUGAGA